AUGCCUGAAGGAAACAUCACCACUCUGAAGAAUUUUACAAUUGUAGGUUUUCCUGGACUUCACCAUAACUACUACGGCCUUGUAUCUGCUGUCAUGUUCAUUGUUUAUAUGUGCAUCUUGGUAGGGAAUGGAACAUUUCUUACAUUAUUUGCAUGGGAAAAAAGUCUUCAAAAACCCAUGUAUUAUAUCAUCAUAAAUCUUUCUGUGUGUGAUGUACUAUUUAGCACUACCACCAUACCAAAGAUUAUAACAAAGUAUUGGUUCAAUGAUGGCAGCAUCUCAUUCUUAGGUUACUUUAUUCAGAUGCAUUUUGUGCACUAUACAGGUUCAGUUAUUGCAUUUGUGCUAGGAAUAAUGGCCUUUGAUAGAUACAUAGCAGUCUGCAAUCCACUCAGGUAUGCUAUUAUUGUCAAAGACUCCACUGUUUUUAUUUUAUGUAUCAUAGCUUGGUUGCUGGCAGUGCCAUGUAUCUUAGUGAUGGUAAUCAGAGCAUAUCCUCUUCCUUACUGUAGUACUAACACAAUCAUCCAUUGCUACUGUGAUCAUGUAUCCAUCACAAGGCUUGCUUGCACUGACAGGACGCCCUAUGGCCUUGCAGCUUUAAUUUCAUCUAUGUUUGUGUUGCUUGUACCUUUGGUUUUUAUUUUGUUUUCCUAUGGCUCUAUUGUUAAGGUUGACCUUCGAAUCUCAACCAAUCAAGGGUGGAUAAAGACUCUGUCGACCUGCAGUUCCCAGCUCAUCAUAACUGCCCUCUUCUUUCUACCCAGGUGUUUUAAUUAUUUUGCCUCCUUCACUGGUCUAAUGUUCAGUUCUGACAUACAAAUACUAGUUAUUCUACUAUACAGCCUGGUGCCACCCAUGAUCAAUCCAUUCAUCUACUGUAUAAGGACCAAAGAAGUGAAAAAAGCCUUAACCAAACAUUUAGCCAGAACAAUGUUAAUUCAAUUUCUAAAGCCAAACCUGCAUGACUCCUUCCAGAAUAUUACACAGCAGUUGGAACCCUUCUCCUCUUCAUUUAUCUCACACUUGUGUACUGCUUAUGUUACCGAUUUAACAGUUCAAAUGAAUGUCGAUAUUCGCAUUAUAGUGAGCAUGUGGUAUAGUCUGUUUCCCCCUCUUGUCAAUCCAAUAAUAUUCUGUUUCCAAACCAAACAAAUUAGAGAAUCUUUAAUAAUGAAAAUAAGAAAAAUUAGUCUCAGUCAACUGAAAGCACCAUUAAGAUGA